CCGGCCCGGCGCCCCCUCCCCUCCGCCGGGCCGGCCCGGGACCCCCCCGCCGCCCCCUCCCCCGUGCCGGCUGCGCAGCGGGGCGGGAUGCCGGGGUCUGGCCGCGGCCCCCCCCGCUCUGCCGCGCCGGCUCCUCCCCCCGGGCCCCCGGGGCGGGGCCGCGCCUGCUGCAGGAACCUGCCCGGUAGGAGCCGCCUCCCGCCGCCGAGCCCGGAGCCGCCGCCGCCCGGAGCCGCCGCCAUGGUCUCCUGGAUCAUCUCCCGCCUCGUGGUGCUCAUCUUCGGCACCCUCUACCCCGCCUACUCCUCCUACAAGGCCGUGAAGACGAAGAACGUGAAGGAAUAUGUGAAGUGGAUGAUGUACUGGAUUGUGUUUGCCUUUUUCACCACGGCAGAAACGCUCACGGACAUCGUUCUUUCUUGGGCUGAGAGAUGCCCUGUUUAUGGAGUUUUCAUGGCUAUGGAUGAAAGACUAAAUGAGACUCAAAGAAGGUUUCCCUUUUAUUUCGAGCUGAAAAUCGCAUUUGUGAUUUGGCUGCUCUCCCCUUACACCAAGGGCUCCAGUGUCCUCUACAGGAAGUUUGUGCACCCAACGCUUUCCAAUAAGGAGAAGGAAAUUGAUGAAUACAUUACUCAGGCUCGUGACAAGAGCUAUGAAACCAUGAUGCGAGUUGGCAAGAGAGGGUUAAACCUUGCUGCCAAUGCAGCAGUUACUGCAGCUGCAAAGGGCCAGGGAGUGUUGUCUGAGAAGCUGCGCAGUUUCAGCAUGCAGGAUCUCACUCUGAUCCGGGAUGAAGAUGCUGUGCAUAUACGAAGCCAUGAGCCACAGGUGCACCCCUCUGGUGGGAGUCUUCUUGAAACCAUUGAGGAUUCAGCUUCCUGUUACUCCUCGGGAGAGGAGAGCAGUGUGGCACAGAGGUCUAACGGAAUCCCGUCGGAGACCAGGACAGACCCGUCAGAUGAAGAUGCAGGAGACAAGCUUCCUAAACGCACCCAGAGCCUCAAAGCGCCUAAGAAGGUGGUGAAAGCUGAGCUUCCAGUAAGAGGCGUGAAAGCCCGCCCUAAGAAGAAAGCUGCAGGCUCUUUUGCUUCUGGCGAGUCAUCCUAAGGAGACCUCCCCCUCCCCAGCACCUGUCUCUGUCCCGGGAUUUGCCUGUCGCUUUCGAGGGGAAACUCCCCAAAGGAAGGGAGCUGAGAUUCAUGUACAUAACAGAUAUACUGCUUUGUAGAGCUCAUUCCAAGGCAAGGGGGAGGCUGGGAUUCAGAAAAUGGAGGAGAGGAUACAUAUCCUCAGGAAUUUUCUCCUUUUCAUCUGUUUGUUGGAGGGGAUGCUGAUAUGUCUGUACAUAGCCUGUUGCUUUGGAAUUCCCACUGUGUAACCCUAGUUGGGGAGAAUCUUUGCUGGAAGAACUGACUAGGGUUAGAGACAUCCAUUGCACAGAAGCUGGAAAAAUAUUAGACACUGGAGUUCCACAGGGGUGGGUGGCUCCCUAAAAUGUCUUCUCUUGCUCUGGGUAUUCUUCUGCAGCUGCGUGUUGUUAAGAGGUGCCCACCAUGAUUCAUCCUCCCCAAUGGACUGUACUCGUUAUGUCCAUCCCCUUUGAGAAGGUGACCGAAAUGAUGUAUGCCGAGUGCUUUUGAGCAUACAGGACUAGCUCAUGUGAGGAGUGUGUUAAAUUCCCAUUACUAGUACUGGAAGAUGAAGAGAUUGUUCUUUAUUUUCUUUUUUCUGGAAGGUGAAGUGAGGAAUUGAAAAACUGACUAAUUAAGAAAAUGUGCUGUUGUAUGCACAUGUGAUGGAGUAGCUACAGGUCUCUGUACGAGUUAACUGCUGAGAAGGAAAGUUGGGCACCUGUAAGAUUUUGGCUCUUUUGGAAGCUGCUUGGAUUUUGUUUCAGGUUCAGUUGUUCGCCUUGAUUCCUGUGAGAGCAUCCGUGAGGCGGGUUCCAUGCAGAGCUGGCCAGGAGACUGUUGCUUUGCCAUUUAGCAGUUGAACUCCAUGUUAUCCUGAUGCUUGUUACUAUGGACAAAUUCUUUCAUUCUGCCAGGUGACUGGGGAAAAUCCAGCUCAAUAUAGUCUGCAGUCAUGCCUGAGAAUUUCGGAAGUCCUUGUCUCUCAGCUUUAGGAGAUCCAGUUCUCAGGGCAUGAGAACUGACAAAUAGCUAAUGUAUGAAUUUUGCUAAUUCCAGGAUUCCGUUUAUGGUGGGGGAUAAAAAGCGGGGAGCAGGGCACAAUACAGUGAUUAAUUAGUCCACUUGCUUGAUCCUGCUGCAGCCCUUGCACAAAUUUUGUCUGACCAUGUGCCAUGUUUAUCAAUGUCCUGAGAGUUGACCAACCUGUAACACUUGGGACAGAGCUACGCUGAAUGUAGAGUAUGGAUUGUGGGAGUGAAAUUGCAGUGCUGCAGAGAAAAUUCCCAUCGUGCCAAGCCUUACUGGAUUCUAACCUGUUGAACAUUGUUAAGGGGAGAUCCCCGCCGCGUACACGUGCCAACAGGGUCGGUGGGAAUUAAUGAGAUGAGGGUUCCUGUUGCCGAUACCUGUCAUGGGGGAGCACUGUUACAUGGGUGUCUGAAUGAAUACUCAUGGUCUUAAUGUUUACUGAAAGUAGUUAUCAAAGGAACCAGGCUUCUCCGCCCCUGCUGAAGACCGUUCUUAGCGCUAGGUGCAGGCAUUUGCGUUUGCCCACAUCUUUUGCUGUCGCAUUUCUGAAGUUAUGGUGGAUUCUUCACAGAGCCCAGUAUUGUACCACUGACAGUGUAUAGAAGCACUUCUGCAAGUGCAUUCCACAAGUAUUUCUGUCCUAAAGAACAGCCUUUCAAAAGUUCGUGAAGUUGAGGAUUAGGACUGAAUUUUUUCUUGAUUUGCAUUCUCUCGGUGGCAGAUUUUUAUGAAUUGACCAGUUAUUUUAGGAAACCAGUUAAGCUGGGUUUACCUUCAUUUGUAGCUUUUCAAAAAUGAAGUCUUGACAGACCAUGUCAGAAACUUGCAUCUUGUCAGAAAUACUCGUCUGAAAUUAUCCGCAAGGCCUUAUCCAGAAGCCAGGAGAAAAUCCUUGCUUUGGCUUUGAGUUCUGAAUUUCACAAAAAAACCCAAGUAUUUUGUCCUUUUUAGUUUGUUGGCAAACAUUGAAUACGUAUCUCACUAGUACAUGCAAAGGCAUGUCCUGAAGCAGGAGUUCUUUCUGUUUCCAAAGGAAAUUCCUCUUUCUAUGAGAGGGAUAAAAAUCUUUACUGGUUGUGUGGAAGACGGAGUUGUGAGGAAUUGCUGUCCUGGAUUUUACUGUACUGAGCAAGAGAGAACCAUUAUUCUCUAUAUACCAAAUAUCUCUAUGACCAUAUUUCUUGAAAUAUUUUUUUAAAACUAAAAAUUUCCAUAGCAAAUUAUUUACGUAAAUCAUUGUGAAGGACUUGAUUUGGAAGCCAAGGACUGGGUAGUCCCCUUACGCUGAUCUUCUUGCCCUUGCCUUGUGCGUGCGUUGUGAUAGUCUCGGAGCACUCGGGUUUCAUACAGUGACUUUCCAGAACGUUUUCUAGAAUCGGUUCAUUUGUAGUAACUUCCUGCUUUGAAGCAUAGGAAGAAUUUCUGAAGACUCAGUUUCGGGAUUUGGAUUGACCUUUGUCUUCCUGUGCUAGGUCCUGUGCCAAGUGUCUUUCACUUAGCACUGAUGCUCGACGUCGGUAGCCUGUGGGCAAGUACGGGCCAGGCUUAGCCUGGCUUUUGUUGUACAGGGGAGUUAAAUGACUUCUGGCUGUAAGAGAGUCUGGGGUAGAGUCAGGGACUAUUAUCUAGUCUGCGAUAUGAAGCUGGUAAUGUCAAGCAGCAGAACUUACCCAGAGCAAGAACAGUGUCUUAGCAUGGACACGAUUUUCUUCUUCCAGUACAAACGUGGCUGCUAGAUUGUGCUCUGCUUGAUCAAAGCCUCUGCAGAUCUGCCACCACCCACGUGACCUCUUAGUGAGUUUCUAGAUAUAGUUCAGCAUUGGAUGACAUGGUCUUGCGCAGAAAUUCUCUUGUUAAUGAGAACGCUGAAUGUGCUGUUUUGAUAAAAUGCUUUUAUCAGCUUUGUUCAGUGUUUUCAGCAGGAAAUGCUGGAAUGUAGUUUCUCUUCAGUGUCAUCUGUGAGCUUCAUUGUGCAAUUAAGCAAAUGGUUAAAUCUUCACCUAGCAAUAGAACCCCUUGUGUUCAGUAAGUGUUUAUAACCCUUCUCUAAUAUGUCUGGGCACAGAGGGGAAACUCAGUAAGAGAAAAUGAUACCUGGAGGUGGGGUGUGGAGGGAGUGGUAUGUUUGUGUCAGACUUUGUGUGCCUAAAAAUUAGCCCAAAAUACCUGUACCGUGAGAUACAACGUCAAGCCAUGACUACCUUUUGGAAAGAAAUGUACCUCCAUGCUUUGUAAUACUACAAGUCAGAGUUCGGCAGUUGGAAAAGUGUGAAAUGUGGUUUCCCUUCUAGAGAAACUUAACAAGUUGCUGCACGAAAGGGAAAAAUGUUUUCUUGCUUGGCAGUAUUCUCCGUGGUGGGUAAGAAAUAGGAAAAUAUAGGGCAGACUGCUGACAGGUUUUAAACCUUAAGCUUCAGCUAAACAUCUUAAUUUCUUACUGUUCUUUAUCAGGUUUCUGAUUCUCCAGCCUUACGUUUCCAAGGCUGGGGGACUGAUUUCUUUUAGACUGGAGUAACUUCCUUGGUGGGAAGAGGGUGUAUGAGAGAGGGCGAUGCUGGUCUUCUUGACCAACACCUGACCAACACCACCAACAAGCAAAGCUUGUUGCAGGGAAGCUGCAUCUUCCCCCGUUGCAGUGCAUUGCAUUCCAUUCACUGUCCUUUUGCAGUGCUGGGCUUUCUUUUUUUAUACAUCCCUCUUGGAAGUAUGACUCCCUCACAGUAUACGGCCAAGUAAUUUCAGCCCUGAAAAAGCAAGAUUUCUACAGAACCCCCACUUGCCAGAAAUUGUUCUGUAUUUUUUGUCAUCUUAAUCAGCAGGAAAUAUAGUGCCUUAGGAGGAAGGUGGAAUAACUGUGGAAUACUCUGCUGGUUCUUGGAUCUGCACGUUGCAUUGUAUCAAGGAGGCUUGCACAUUAACUUGAAGUGUUGUCGUACGCUUGAGAGCAGCUGUGGGAUUGAGCUGAGUUUUCCUCUCUUGUCUUCCAGGCUUGCAUAUAAUGCUGGAAAGUGUGGCUUACUGCCUAAGGGAGAAAUCUAGGGGGUAAAAAACUCAUUUUCUUAUCCUUUCUGAUGGGGACAGUGUAUUGUCACAUUGCUGUGCCUCUUGCUGGGGAGAUGAUGAAUCACAUCUCCGUGUGAUUCGGUACUGCAGCUUUUCUUGCUUUACCCACUAUGAAUUUGCAGUGUGCUGCCUGGCUGGAGUGUGCUGUGGUGCUGCUUUCUGAGUCGCCCAGUAAAGUCAGGUACCUGGAAAACCAGCAGGGAAUGCUGAAGCUGUAUGAGCUCAUAGAAUCAUCGAGUCCUCAGAGCUGGACCACUCUGGAGGUGAUCUCGUUCAGCCUCCCUGCUUGAGCAGGGCACCUAGAGCAGUUGCCCAGCAGCUCCUGGGUGCUCUUUGUGGUCUGGAGCCUGCUGAAUCUAGUGUUCCAGACCUGGAAUGUGCAGAAAUGCAUACACUGCAAGGGGCAGGGGGGGCGUGUGCUUAGUGCUACCGAGGAGAAAGGAUUCCUGGUCACCUUACAUCUGGAAUCUGGCACUGUUACAGGACACUGUAAACAUAACUCGGUCAUAUUAUUUAUAGGUGGUGUUAAGAAGCCUAGAGUCUUCAGAAGAGAUCGUAAGAGGUGGACGGAGUAACUUGUGGGAACAAUUGGUUUGGGCAGUAAAUGGAGACCACAGACCUGCACAGCAGCUGAGAACCUGUUCUGUGCGAUAGAGUGGAAGAUGGGCUGCGUGCCAGAGAGUUGGCCAGAAAUACUGCUGACUUUCUGAUCCUCAAGCAAUACGUGAACUCUGCACCCUACAAAUUAGAGCCUGAUUUCUCUCUUGCAGCACUUCUUUCAGCGCCUUACCUUUCUGAGCUGGGCUUGAGCUACAUGCAUUAAGAUGCCUGAACCUUUCAUCACUUCAGAACAAUAAAAUUUCAGCGUUACGUCAGCGGGCAGCUGAUGUGCAGGGAAGACCUGGUGAACAUCGAGUACCUCACAUCACUUUGUAGUAGAUAUGUUAUGGUGGGAAACCACCAGCAGGGAGCUCCAGAGGAUGCAUUCAUCUGGGAAUUUACCCCACCACACACAAAACGUGUGGUUUUGGGUGCACCAAAUGCUGGGCUUUGCUGCGCUUACAUACACAGCUCUCUGUGGAACCCCAGAAUUUAGUGUCAGAAUUGCCAAUGCUCUAUUUCUGAUGAGAACUGGAACCAAAAUUAUAUAAAGUGAAAAGAAACAGUGGCAAACUGGUGGGGUUUCCUGCAGUUUUGCAGGUAAAUCUAGGUCUUUGCUGCUUCUUUGCCUAAAACCUUUCCGUGAACCCCUUGUAAGCAAACAGUUCCUUGCUCUGUUCUUCAGCUCCUAUCCUUUCAUGACCCAGUUAUGUUUCUUAUGUGUUCACUUACUAAGCAAGGGGCUACUUCCAUUUUGCUGCCUGUGACAUGAAAAAUACUGCCUUCUAGAGCCGAAAUUUAGCCUUUUUCCAUUAUUUAAUCCUAUUGACCUAGAAUCAUAGAGUGGCUUGUGCAGCAGGGGCUGAGGCUGGCAGCCCAGGUGGGGUCUGAGCAUCUGUUGCCAGUAGCAGUUUGACACAUCCCCCUUUUGCAGUGGGUUCUGGCUGAGGUGUGCUUGCUGCGGAGCCUCGGGGCAGCGGCCAUCUAGUCAGGUAGUGUUGGAAGUGAUGUUUGUGGGAAGGUGGCAAGGAAGAGUGAACUGGAAAGGAGCAAGAGUUCAAGUCUUCUGGAAUAUGUAACUGUCUGAGACGAAAGAAUUUGUGGCAGCUGUAGAAGUGCGUUGCUGUGCUGACUUGCCGAGGGUGGGUGUUUGGUCGUGUUCUGUGCAGCAGGUCAGGGAGGAGAGUCGGGCUGGGUGGCAAGCAGAUAAAACUGUUACAUGCAAGGGAGCUAAGUUUUUAUCCUAAGUAAUGCUUAGUAACUUAAGAAAAAGGAAGUUGGAAGAUUUUUGGUGGCUUUCUAAAAUAGGAGGUAAGUUAUCUGGAUCCUCGAACACAGUAUUGAAUAAAGCCUUGUCUAUUCGGGCUGCUGCCGUUUGGGGAAAGCACUGAGCUGGUGGGCUCUCACUUUGGCUCCUCUACUAGACUAUUUGUCAAAUGCUGUGAAAAUCACAGAGAUACAGAACAUUUUUAUUUUGACAUGUUACCAUGAGUUCUCAGGCAUGCUGAGCUGUGUGUGGGACAGUGUUGGCUGAAUGAAAACCCGGCAAGAAAACAGAGAAAUGGAGGCAGCUCUGGCAGGAUGAGGAUGACUGAAGGACCUUCCUUGAGUGCAGAAAUCAGAGACUGAGCAGCAACGCCUGGUUUUCAUUCAGCAUUUUCCUGACAAAGUUCCCGUUAGCACAGUGCUGAUCUGAAGGCACAAGGGAGGGUUGUGAAUUGGUUUUUGUCCACCAGAGGGUAUAGGCAUAACGUAAUGUAUGUCAUGAGAGCGAGCAGAGGCUUCUCCGCUAGCGAGGAUGAAUGUCGGUAUUUGCUGUGCGUGGGAGCGAAGGUCCAGCCUUAGGGUGGGAGAUACCCACACCCCCCGGCUGGGGCUGUGAUGGAGAGGUACGAGGUAAUGCUGCCGUUAAGACGGAGCUUGCCGGCCUUUCCAAUCCAGCCAGUUCCCAGCCAGGCUUGCUGAGGCAGUACCGUGUGAGGGCAGCUGUCCUCAGGCCCCCUUGCUGCUGUCCUCAGACCCCUUUGGUGGCUACUCCAACCACCUCCUAGCCGAAGGAGGUAGCUCUCUAAGUGGCAGUUCCCAAUGCCGUUUGCAAUUAACCCAUUUCUGCGUGUUUGUGUGUUCAGUGGUGUUGCCCUAAUUGAUACUCUGAAUUUUGUGGUAUUUUCCAGUAGGAAUGAGUAGUUUCUUUCAGUUAGAUCUAUAUGCUGUGAAAAUAGAAGCAAUUUUAAUCUAAAAAUACAGAUGUCUCCAAUGGUUCCUAUGGUAAUUUGUGACCAUGGCAACAGAGAGUCAGCAUUCUGAAGAACAGACAGGUUGGUUUGGUUGUUUUUUUUCUUUGUCAACAAUGUGAUUAGUAGUGCAAGUGUUGCAGGAAAAGGCACUGACUUUAUUUCUUAACUGUACGAGAUCAUGUGGGCACAAGGGGUUUGGAUGCUGUCUUGGGUGCGGUUUUGAUGGAAACGCUGAUGCGGUACGGGUUGAGGGGCGUAAGGGGGGUGACAGCCCGGGGGGCAGCCAGCAGUCAGCAGCUACCCCGGGGCUCCCUGCUGGCUCUGGCCCUGCUCAGCACCCUCGUUAAUGACGUGGGUGAUGGGGCAGAGGCACCCUCACAAGGCUGCUGGUAAAGCCAAACCAAGGGGUGGCCGGUGUGCCAGGAGGCGGUGCGGGAAGCAGCGAGAGGAGCACGGAGUGUCUGACCUUGCAUCUCAAAAUACAUGGGAAGCCUGACGGGAGCAUAAUGAGACAGUCUGAGGUGCUCUCUGAUGCUGAGAAAGAGGAGAUCUUUUAUCUGCAACGUCAUAGAUGGAGACUUACAGGCUGAAGAAAGGUCCAGGACAUGGCAGAGAGGUUAGUGUAGGAAAGAGAAACAGAAUUUAGAGUAGGGCUGAGGAUUCUUUAUUGUCAGGCUUUGUAUGAAAAAAAACCAAACCAACUGAUACAUUUCUGCCCCAUGUUUCCAUCGUAUGGUCAGGGUUAAAUAAACAACAUAGUGCUUUCAGGCAGGUGCUAAAUUUCAACUAAAAGUUUUGGAUUGCCCUGAGGUAACUGUGACGCCAAGAGCAUGUAUUGCAUUAUAGGAAACACUUAGUAAGGAUUUAAAGAGUUACAUUUAUAAGAAAUUAAUAUAUUAUUGAGGGAGGUACAAAUGGGCUCUCAUGGCCAAGCCUCAUAUUUAGUGACCACCUCCCUGUGCCAGCAUGGAGCUAAUGUAAAGGCUCUCCGCUAGCAACGCUCGGUGUCAGUUUUAUAAGGAAAUGUGCUGGAUAUAAGUUUAGCCAAAGCCAAAUCACAGAAUUUUCCAAGCUUUCUCUUUUCCCCAGGCCCUGUUGGGGAAUCUAGCAACUGAAUGGAAACUGCAGCAUUGCUGCUGCUGCUUGCUAGUCUGAGGCAAUGCAUAUCUUGAAUUAAAUAGAAUCUAAACUGCAUUGAAAAGCCAUUUUUUGUAGAAGCCAGCUGUUGGGACCAUUCUGUUUGCUGCAGGAAUACUCUAACUGAUCAGUGGAGCCACUGUAGUGCUGCAAGGCUGUUACCCCAGAAGGGGAACAUGGAGAAACCCAAACAGAAGUGGGUGGGCUGCUGCAGCCUCCAUCCCCGCUGCUUAGGCUGCAUGGUGGCAGCCUGGAGUUCACAUACAUACUGGAAAAGCCUCUUACUGAUGCCAUCACCAGUUUACCCAUGCUCUGAAGCAUGGUGGUGUGAAAUGACUGAGUUACUGGGGACUUUGGCAGGGGAGAGGGAGUUGUUUGAAUUCUUUCACUAGUUUUUGGUAGUCGUUCAGAGUCUGGUCGCUUGCUGCAGUAUGCUGAGUUAAAUGUAGGAACCCUAAGGCAUCCCAAGCUCUUGUUGCGCUUGCUUCGUUACCCAGACUCUUUCUGGGUAUCUUUUUUACAUUCUGUUUUGCGAAGAGCACUAAAGCAUAUCAUGUAUUAUCUCUUCGAUAUCUUGCUGUUCUACUUCCCUUUAUUUUCUCAUAUCUCAAAGGUCCCGUUGUUUUGCUUCCGUUUUUUCCCAGAGCGCUAUACGAAAGGCUCUACCGAUGCAGAUGUGCUUUCAUUCCACAGGGUGGCAGCUGAUCCUUAUUUCCCUUCUUGGUUAUUUAGACAUUUCUGCUAAAAGCAGCUUUCCUGGCCAGGUUUUCCUCCAAAGCCUAAGGGUCACGAACCUGUAAAUACAGCCCUUCUGUCGGGGUUAAAGAGUUUUUGGGAAAGCUUGUUGCAUGGUGUCUACUCGGGCUGUAUCUACUUGCUGAAGAUUGUAGCAGCUGACAAAAUGAAAACAAAAAGCAUCAUUCAAGGACUAAAUUUUGAAUAUUACAUAUUGCUGCUGUUUUGUGGGGGUCUCUCUUGUAAGCAGUGCUGCAGGCACAACACAAGCGUGUGGUGGCACCUCCAGACAGAAGCUGCUCUGGUGCAGAGGCUGAGUUACCGAUGGGCUGGGGGAGAGAGGCUCUGGAAGUUACUCAUUCACUUUUUACUUCCAGUUUAUUUUGACAGAUAAAUGUCUCGGAUAAUUUUAAUUGAAAUUUCUUUAUGUCAUUGUAAUAGGUUUAUGAGUUGCAGGUAUGGCUGUUCUUUGCUAUUGCGUUUACAUGGUUUCCUCCCACCCUGCCCCAGUUUCUCAUUAUUGAUCCCUGUGAAUAUUUUUUGCUAAAAGGCUGCUGUUUUGUUAUCUUCUCAGACUGUGCUCCUCAACUGCUUUAAUUUAUCUCCGUACCUUUCUUAUGUGUUUAGUCUUCCGCCUUUCCCCCUCUCCAUUGAUGAAUAAAGAUAUGACAAUUAA